AUGAGUACCGAGGAACCAAAAACAGUCGACGUAUCUUCAACCACACUUGAUGAUAUACUACAACGUCAUAAAAAAGAAAAUAAAGAUCUUAUAGCAACAAUUACAGGCUUAAAGAAAGAAGCAACCAAAAAGACUCGAAAAAACGUGCUAGCGAGAUGUCAAGAGCUAGAAGACAAUCUCAAAAGAAAACAUCAAGAAGAACUUUCUGAAUUCAAUAAUGAUGAAACAGCGAAUACAAAUGAGGAGGAUGAAGUAACACCAGAACAGCUAUUAGCCCAAUUAUCAGUAGAAGAGAACGACGAACAAUCAGAUGAUAAAUCUAAAGCACCAUCAAAAGCACCCGAGGGUACUACUGGUUCAUCUACGGGAAAAAAACGAAAUAGAGCAAAAGAAAGAUUAAUCAAAAGACAACAAGAAAUUGAUAGAAUAAAAGCAGAAGCAGAAAAAGAAUCAGAAAAUUCAAUAAAUUAUAGACAAAUAGAAAUAGACUCAAUGAAUAAAUUAUUAUCAUUAAAUGAUUUAAAAGUAUAUGAAAUAAAACCUGAUGGAAAUUGUUUAUUUGCUUCAAUACAAAACCAAUUAAUAGAAAGACAUAAUCUUGUUGAAAAUGAAAUAUCAAUCCAAAAGUUAAGAGACUUAUCAAGUGAUUAUAUAUUAGAGAAUAAAAAUGAUUUUAUUCCAUUUUUAUUUGAUGAAACAACUGGAGAAAUUAAAGAUAUUGAUGAAUAUUGUAAUGAAUUAAAAAUAACUACAAUGUGGGGAUCUGAUAUGGAAAUUUUGGCAUUAAGUAAAAUUUUUGAAUGUUGUAUAAUUAUUCAUCAAGCUGGUGCUUCUAGUAUUGAAAUUAAUAAGGAUACAGUAUAUGAUGAUCCAAAACCAACAUUACAUUUAGGUUAUUAUAAACAUUCUUAUGGCUUAGGUGAGCAUUAUAACUCAUUGUUGGAUAGCUAA